UUAUUCAGUGUGACCGAAGUCGGCAAAUACAAAAAUUCUGUUUGGCCACCGCAAGUAAAAACGAAACUAGUUGCGAAUUUACAUAUUGGCCAAUAUAAAAACGAUAUUCGUCUACUAAUUGCUUUUAUUUGAUUUUUUUUUGUUUUGAUAUGGCGGAAGCUCGCUCUGGCGCAGCCUACAACUACAAGACACUGCUAUGCACCAACAUACCGGAACUUUUCCUUGACAAAUUUGUGGCGCGCACGCAUUUCAGCCGCUUUGGCAACCUGGUGAACUUUGUGCUGCGGCCCAGACGGAUGACCUGCACGGUCAGCUAUGCCAGCGAAGCUGAGGCAGCCGUUGCACUGCGCGAGGGCAACGUCUACAACGGACACGAGUUCGAGAUGAGCUACGCAGAGAACGAGAGCGCGCCGGCACAAAAAACAGAGGAAUGGGUCGAUCCCGAUGUGCAGGCCGAGCUGAGUGCCCUGAGCGCCGGCUGGCGCAACGAAUAUGGUGGCACUAAGGUGGCGAGCGCAGCAAAAGCAGCUGGUGCCUUUGGCGCGCCCAGACCCGUCGCUACGCCAUCGGGCGGCAAUGUUGAAAGGGAGCGGGAGCGAGAGCGCGAGCGGGAACGAGAGCGAGAACGAGAACGGGAACGUCAGCGUGCACCCGCGCAAUACAAGGCGGCCAAGCUGGAACUGGAGGCGCUUAUGCGCAAGCCGGCUCACACCAGCGAGGAGAAGUAUCGCGUGCUGGACGCCCGGGAUAAACUGUUGCGCCUGAACCAGCGACGUGGCACAACGGAUGCACAGCGUCUGCAGGGCCACUGCCCGGACAUGUGUCCGGAGAAGGAGCGUGUGCUGCGCGAAUUUCAACGCCAGGUGGCACUCUACGAGCUGAAGCCGGGCUCCGAUGAGCAGAUCUGCCAUGAGCUCGCCCUGAAGCAGUAUUCGCGCAGCAGCGCCGAUCAGGAGACACCGCUGCCGCACGAGCUGCGCGCAGAGCAGGCGCUGCACAUGACUAUGAGCUAUCUGAUGCACGAAAUCAUGGAUAUAAGCGAGCAAACAGAGAACCUGGGCGAUUGGUUUCAUUUCGUUUGGGAUCGCACACGCUCCAUACGCAAGGAGAUCACACAGCAGGAGCUGUGCUCUCUGGGCGCCGUCAAGCUGGUGGAGCAAUGCGCACGCUUUCACAUACACUGCGCUGCCCGCCUGGUCGCCGAAGAUCCCAGCGUCUUUGAUACGAAAAUCAAUGCCGAGAAUCUAACGAAAUGCCUGCAAACACUUAAAUACAUGUACCAUGAUCUGCGCCUGAAGGGUGUUCAGUGUCCGCGCGAGGCUGAAUUCCGCGGCUAUAUUGUCCUGCUCAAUCUGGCGGAUGCCAACUUUCUCUGGGACAUUGCCCAGCUGCCCGUGGAGCUGCAAAACUGCACGGAAAUACGGCGUGCCAUUCAAUUCUAUUUGGCGCUGCAGGACACGAAUUUUGUGCGCUUCUUUCAGCUGCUGCGCGAACCGGAAACAAGCUAUCUGAGCGCCUGCAUCCUGGUCACCUACUUCAUGCGUCUGCGCAUUCUCGCCCUGCAUCGCAUAGUGCAGGCCUAUCGAGCGCCACGCAAAUAUGAGUUCUCCUCGCUGCCCGUCCGAUUUAUACGCCAGAUGCUGCUCUUCUCAAGCGAUGCGGAGGCCAUCGAAUUUGUCGAGUGCUGCGGCCUGAACGUGAACCAAUCGGGCCGUGUGGAACUGACGCGCAUUCACACGCCGGAGCAUUACAAGCUGAGCAGACAGUUCAAGCUGGUGGAAUCGAAGCGUCAUCAGAGCGUUGGCGAAUGCAUUUGCGGCGAGCCGCUGCCGCCCAAAUCGCUGUACAAAAAUCAUCGGCCGCACAACAGCUUCAACGAGCAGGGCUAUCUUAAGAGCAGCGCCUGGACGGCCAGAGACCAGCUGCCCAACAGCGUGGACCUGGAGGAGGAAUCGAGAGCAGCAACAACAUCAACAGCAGGAACAGCAGUAGCAGCAGGCAACACAGACGCACAGAUCGCAAGCGGCACGCAGAGCACAGGACAAACGGAUAAUCUGUUCAAGGUGCCGCUCUUCUCGGCGCCCGUUUCGCCGAAGAUCAAAUCAACGACGCCGCCGCCGCAACCACAAGCGCAUUCACAUCCAGCACAACAGCUGCUUUCGACGCCAGGGCAGGCGAGCCACAACAAGGAUUACAGCCUGGAUAUGCUCCAACAACAUGCCGCUGCAUUUACAAGCAAUAUAUUCGGGGCACAGCCCAGCCAGAGUUCCGGCAUUGGCUUUAGUUUUGCAGCCGCCGCCGCCACCGGAGCAGCGUCGCAGCCGGCGCAAUCAGCAGCAGCAGCGGCGGCUGUGGCGGAACAGCAGCGCCAACAAAAGGCCGCCGAUGAUGCCAAACUGGCUGCACUGCAGCAGGCUAUAGCGACGGCCAAGCAGCGCGAACUGGAGCUGCUCGAGAUGCAAAAGGCCAAGCUGGAGCAGGCGGAACGCGCGAGACGCCAGCGCCAGCUCGAACAGAGACUGGCCAAGGAGGAGCAACAGCGUCGAGAACAGCAGGCGGCAGCAGCCGCAGCCGCUGAAGCCGAGGCGCAACGUAUGCGAGUGGAACGCCAGGCGGUGGCACGCGAGGCCCAAUGCAAGCAGCUGCUUAGCGAGCUAAUUGACCAGCAGCUGGCGUCCAUGUGCCAAGAGGAAUGGCGUCUACAUCGGCAUGCGCUGGACAUGUACGACACGCUGCUGAAGGAGCAAAUCGUUGAGCUGGUCAGGCGGAGUCUGCUGCGCGCCGACUAUGAAAUGGGCCUGAUGCGUCACUAUUGGCGACGCUGGCGCAAUUAUCGACGUGUCCAGCAGCGCAAGGAGGCGCUGUUUGCGUGCCUGCCGCUCAGCUUUGGCGGCGAGUCGAGCCAGCGAUUGCUGGACAUGCGUACAGCGGAGCAACCUUUGCGCCUGAUGCGUCGCUAUCGCCAGGGCGAGCCCUGCGACUAUCGCCAGCUGCUGGCGGGCAUGGAGGAUCAGUGCUGGCUCAAGCUCGACCUGUGGGAGCUGCUUGCCCGUGCGUUCCAACAGCAGCAACAUUUCACGCCCGGGGCCCGUCACUAUUUCAAGCUGUUGCUAUCGCUGCCCGACGGCAGUGCGGGACUCGUCAUGGAGCAUGCAUUGGAUCGCGGACUGCUGCAACAGCCGGUGCAGGGCGCUGCUCAAAACUCAGGCACCGGCGCCGCCUCCGACGCAGCCUACAUCAAUGGACUCGCGCACGGCGUGGCGCUGUGCGUGCACAAGCUGAAGGGCAGCACGGAGUCGCAUUCCAAGCAGCUGCUGGCCAAUGCCGAUGGCAUCGUUUGCUUUGUGGAUGCCAAACAGCUGCUGGAGGCGCGCCACCGUUUGCACAGCCUCGUGCGCAACAGCGGCUGCGGCUAUGUGGCGCUCAUCGUGCAGCAGCAGGAGACGCCACAGACGCUGCUGGCGCAACAGCUGCAGCUGGAAACGCUGCGGGCUUAUCGCAUCUACGACUGCCGGACAAUGGCGCGCGGCAAACAGAAGCUGCAGCUGGUGGCCCUGCUCCAGUGUGCCGCACAAUUUCUGGCCAAGCAGCCGCAUCGCAGUCGCGGUCCGCUGCAGCAGGCGGAGAUGCGCGAAUGGCUGCAUUGUCAUUUGGGCGACGAGCUGUUCCAGCGGCUGCGCGAUGCGGCGCAACGGGAUGCGACCAUUGGCAGCCGCUGUCGCCAGUCGCCACAGUACUGUGCCCAGCUGUACAAUGAGGCUGUGCAUCGCCUGCAGCUGGUGGCGGGCGAACAGCUGGAGGAUCGUCCGCAGCUGCCGCAGGAGCUGCGCUGCUAUGUGGAGCCGCUGCCGCCGCAGACACCGUUGCCCAAUCGACUCGAAUACUUUGUGACCGGCUGGCAGACGCGUCAACAACGUGCACAGAUUGUCCAGCUGCUCGAGCAGGCCAAGCUGCCGGAGAUGCUGCCGCUGCCGGCCAGGCAGCGGGACAUUUGCGAAUGGCUGCUGAACUAUGCCCAGCUAAGCGAGGAGGAGUCACUGGUGGAGACGGUGGCACUGCGUGCCAUACAAACGCUGCAGCUGCAGAUGCGCGCCGGCAGCCCCAACUAUCUGGACAUUGUGGAGAUCUUUGCCAAGGAGCGGCUGCAGCAUAUGCUGCGCCGCAAUGCAGCCAAGCUGCCAGCAGCUGUUGUCUAUAGGCGCCACACCAUGCAGCGUUGCUUCGAGUCGCACUGGUACUUCGACUGGCAGGCAGCGGAGGAGCCAACGGGAGCAGCACUUGUGGAUGAUGAGCAGCAGCAGCGGGAGCAGCAGCAGCAGCAGGAGCAGAUGUAUCAAGCGGAGGCAAUUGAACCGGAGCCGCUUAGCUUUGAGCAAGUGCUGCAACAGGCUCAGGCCGCGCUGGACAAAUGCCAGCAACAGCGCUUUGAGCGCAAGACAUUAAGCGUCCUCAACGAACCGCUCGACAAGAUGGAGCGCACCAUGAAACGCUGCGACCGACAGCAGCAUCAGCAUCAUCUGCACCAGCACCAGCAGUAUCAUCGCCAGGAACGACAGGCUGAAAACUGGCCAGCGCGGCAGAUCAUCAAGCGACAACGCCUCAGUUCACCUGCCGAUGAGUGCUCAGCUCUGUUGGAUCGCACCGAGCGUCUGCUCGAUGUUAGCCAAACGAGCGAGGAGCGCCGCCUUCAAGUACUGCAACGUGCCAAUAAGUUUCUAUAAUCGCUGCCGCAAUUAGUUGUAUUAUACAAGUUUCGAGAUUCGUCAUAAAUUUAUAUAAAUUGUCACUUUAGAAA